GACACCGAUGAAGAAGACCAUCAAUAGCUGCAGAGCUACACACUUGUAAUGGUUAUAACUUUUGACUAGUUUUGUAACAUGCGCAUUGACAAUAGGGACUUAACAUGGUCUCUGAUGCCCCUCUUUCUGGCUGGUGUUCUUUGCAAUACAUUGACAGUAUAUCACCAGGAACACAUCUGCGCAGUGGAGGGCUCGACCGUCGUCAUUCCUUGUUCAUUUUACUAUCCUGACACCCACAGUGUGAAGAGAUUCGUGUGGCUCCAUGUGAAGUCUCAUCAUGUCAAAGGUCGUCUCAUUUAUGACAGGACAAUGACAAAAGUCACCCCCAGAUUCCAAUAUAUUGGUGACAAAAAACACAAUUGUACCUCAAAAAUACAGCAAGUGGAGCAUCGUGACGCAGGAAAAUACAUCUUCAGAUUUAUUACAAACUCCAAAGAGGGCAAAUGGAUUCGUAUCGGCUCAACGUUAAAGGUUGUCGAUUUGAACGUCUCCGUGACACAACCCGGUGGAAACAGAACGACGAAGGAAGGCGACUCUGUGAAUCUGACGUGCCUAAACGUCUGUGACGACGGUCCACUUUCGUCUGCUUUCUCCUGGCGUAAGAAUGGAGAACCCAUAGAUGAAGGACCUGCACUUUAUUUAAGCAACAUGUCCUCCACACACUCUGGAAACUACACCUGCUCUCUAAAAACACACACAGGAACAACUUCAGGUGUCAUACAUAUUGAUGUUGAAUAUGGCCCCAAGAACACAUCAGUGUCCGUCAGAUCGAUGGAGGAAGUUGCCGCGAGCAACAUCACCCUGACCUGCAGCAGCCAUGCAAACCCUCCAGUGAAUUAUACUUGGUUCAAAAUAGAUGAUGAUGAUGAUGAUGUUGACAUCGUGGAUGUUGGACACCGGCCUGACUUCCUCCCUGCUGAUGGUGGCCAGUAUUUCUGCAGUGCCACCAACAAACAUGGAAGCCAAAACUCCUCUGUUGUGACAUUAAAGAUGAAACCAUAUCCGGCAACAUUUACCAGAGACGUGUGUAUCAUUGCUACUGUUGCCGUGCUUCUGAUGGUGACCACCGGCAUCGGCCUCAGAAGAGUCCACAAAACAAGGACGUGGACAACAAAGACGGAGGAGGAGGAGGACACACAGGAAACUGACUAUGUCAACUGGCUCGCAUGUGACAAUAACCAAUCACAAGAGGGGAAUCAGUGUGAGGGAGGAGCAGCAGACACCGUCUAUACAACCGUGUACUUCAAAAAACAAAACAUGGGGCAGCAGAUGGACACCCAUACUGAUGAUGAUGAUGAUGAUGAGGAGGAUGUGAUUUACAUCAGUGUGAAGAAACCAACUGUUGAACCCUUCUUCGUACAUUGAGUGGAAAACAAACACGUGCUGCGUUUUGAGGAUAAGAUGUAUUGCACGUGCAUACGUG